AUGGCUGAUCCUCUGGUUGCUAGGUGCCUUUACUCUGGCAAAGGUUAUAUGAUUCCUUUGAAUCAAUGCAUGAGCUACUCUGAGUUGUAUGAAGACAUUUUCCGCACAUUCCAGUUUUCCCCAACUGAUAUUGUUGAGCUUCAGUAUUCAGUUCCAAGUUGUGAAGUCUGUUUUCUGCGUAAUGAUCGUGAUUUCCAGAUGCUGUUUUGCUCUGCCAGAAUACAUAGGUUAGAGUGUGUCGAUAUUUCAGUUUUAAAGACUGGGGGAGGUUGUAGGAGAUACUGUUCGGUGGAUAGUGGUUCGGAAGUUAUUGAUGAAGAUGAUUAUUUGGGUGAUGCAUUCAGGACUGAAGUUCACAAGACGUAUUUGUCUGAUGAGUGGAGUUCUUAUAUUCAUAAUGUCGGGGAUAAGUUUCAUGGCGCUGCUGAGCUCCGUGAAAAGCUCAGGAAGUAUGCAAUUGCACUUGGUUUCGAGUUUGUAUUCCUGAGAAAUGAUUUGGACCGUAUUCAUGCAGUCUGUGCAAAUGUUGGAACUGAAGGUUGUGAUUGGCAUCUUCGUGCUUUUUCAUCAUCUGCCAAUGAUUAUAUUGAUAAGUACUUUCAUGUUGAUAUGUUCAAAAAGAGCUACAGUUUUCCUAUCCAGGAUUCUGCUUCUGAAUGUAUAUUACCUCCCCUUGCGAAGAGGCCCCCCGGGAGGCCUAGGGUGAAGCGGUUCAAGUCGGUUGGAGAGGUUGAAAAGAAGCUGAUUCGUUGUGGCCGUUGUGGCAAAAUGGGUACUCAUAACAAGUUGAGAUGCACUGAACCUCUCGUUCAGCAGUAG